UAUUCUCAUCGUACGCCACUUUAUCUUUGUACUAGGUUACAACACCAUAAAGAACCAAGACCACUUCAAUUCUUAGCUUGUAAGCACUCUCCGCGAUUUCAUCAAAACAACCAUCAAAAUCUCACCAUGGCUUCUCAAUUCUUUCUGCUCAUCUUCUUCCUCUUCAAGCUAGCUUCAAUUCAUGGGGAGCAGAUCAUGUUAGAAGAUGGGUACAUGGUAACUACAGUGAUGGAUGGCCACAAAUUAAAUGUAAACCCACACGCAGUUCAACUCAGAUCAUCUGAUCUUGUAGUCCUUGAUUCUUCUAAGAGUGUUUUUUACACUCUACCAUUUCCCAUUUCUCAGGAUGGUGUAAUGGUAAAACGGUUAUCUGGAAGUUGGGAUAAAGGGUACAUAGAUGGAGAACCAGGCUUGGCUCGGUUCAAUAAACCAAAGAGUUUCACAGUUGAUCUUAGAGGGAAUGUUUAUGUAGCUGAUCAACUAAACCAUGCUGUGAGAAAGAUAAGCAGCUCAGGCAUGACCACCACCAUUGCUGGUAAUUACUCCCAGAUAGGUCGGCAGGAUGGUCCAGGGAAAACUGCAACAUUCUCCACUGAUUUUGAGGUGCUUUUUGUUCCUCAAAUAUGCGCUUUACUAAUUUCAGAUCAUGGCAAUCAACUGCUUCGCCAGGUUGACCUUAAGCAAGAGGAUUGUAUAAUAGGUUCUCAAUCUGCGCUUGGAGCAGUUAAAUUUUGGGUCCUUGGACUGGUGCUUUCAUGUUUGUUUGGCUUAGCCACGGGGUUUGCAAUUCGCCCUUAUGUUAUCCCCCAUACAGGAAGGCGUCAGACCCCUUCAUUUCAGCAAGACAUGGAAGCAUUGCCUAAUCAAUCUGGCGAGUCUAAUACCGAGGAGUUGCUUCGACGUCAGAAACGCAAUUGCUAGUAGUAGGCUUUACGUGCUUUCAGAGAAGCUCUUAUGCCUGAGCCUGUCUCAUCUUUCACUCAUGUUUAGGAUCAACACUGUAGGUUCUAAGGUUUUAAACAAGGAUUUGUUAUCCUUGAUGGAUUCUGAUGUAAGUAGUCAUAAGGUAGGGAAGUCGCAGGUGUAUGCUGAUCAGUUGAAGGAUUUGAUAGACUUUAAUGUUCAAUCACAAUCAUCAAGCUCGAUGAGCAACAUCUUGAAGCUAGGAGAAGGGGGUCAAGAGAGAUGUGAUGCUUCAUUGGAUGGCUACGGAAGGAUAAAUGAUAUGAUCCAGGCUAACGUCAUGGGAUUUGGUGAGCUGGCCAAAGAAACAACUCCAGCUGAUGUGCCUUUGGUAGGGAGUUUGGGUUUAGUUAAAAGGAGAUGAAGUUGCUUAGAGUGAAUUCUCCAUGUUUCUUGACGCUAUAUCUGCUAGGGCUUUGCGAAUUCUGUGUGCUAUGAUGUAUAAUCUAAUUUAUGCUUUCUUUCUUG